GAAUUCUCUGCACGACCUGCGCCUUCCAUUUGCCUCCGGCUCGCCUUUCCUGCCAGAACUGAUUGCGUCCUCCAGCCAGCAAUCACUGCCACUAACCUCCCUGCCUUAUUAACACUUCGACUUCAGCCCACUUCCACCUACUCAAUCAUCACCACCUUGCCACACACGACACUAAUCUGUUGCGAUCAAACCCUUUUCACAAACAACCUACUUACUCUACAUUAUCUCUCACCUCUUAGGUGUCUACUGGUCCGUACCUUGCUAUUACACCUCAACUCUUUACUCCCUAAAAGAAGACAAAAGUUGACCUGAACAGCCCCGCCAAGUUCGGGUUUUGACGACCAUCUCGACUUCCACUUUCCAUACUCCUCUCUUCUCCUCCCCACAAACCUCUCAAACACUCUAGCUAUGGCUUUGAAGCGAAUCAACAAGGAAUUGACAGAUCUCGGACGGGAUCCCCCCUCAUCAUGUUCAGCCGGUCCUAUGGGAGAUGAUCUGUUUCACUGGCAAGCCACAAUCAUGGGUCCUGGUGACAGUCCAUUCCAAGGCGGCGUCUUCUUCCUGGCCAUCCACUUCCCUACAGAUUACCCCUUCAAGCCCCCAAAGGUCAACUUCACAACUCGCAUCUACCAUCCCAAUAUCAAUUCCAACGGCAGUAUUUGUUUGGACAUUCUGCGAGACCAAUGGAGUCCAGCUCUAACAAUAUCGAAAGUUCUGCUAUCUAUUUGCUCCAUGCUUACCGACCCCAACCCUGACGACCCUCUGGUUCCGGAAAUUGCGCACGUGUACAAGACAGAUCGCGCUCGUUAUGAGGCAACAGCACGAGAAUGGACGAGGAAAUUUGCCAUCUAGAAUGCCACCCACCAGAAGAGCUCGGCCAGUCCAGGUAUCGACCUGGUUACAAUCCGCAGGCAUGUUUUCGGUGAGGCUGGCAAGAUCAAUCCCAGUGUAGAAGAUUGAGACGAUGGCAGUAGUUGAUGGACUGGUUGACUGUGCAGGAGAUCAUUUUCAACACGGAGGCAAUGAGCAAUGGGAGAAAGGGCGCAGACGUGUCGUCGACGGGGUUGAUGCUCAACGUCCAGUGACACAAUCUGGGAUGACCUUUUUAUGAUGCAUUACAUUAUUGGCGUGCUUUAGGGAUGACAAUUUUACCUUUGCCUCUUGCAGCACACGUUUUCUCCGAUCUUGUUCAAGUUCCACAUUGACUGAAUAGAGCGUAGUGGUAGUUCGCAGCCAAGUUCGAGAAUUACAGGCCGUGGCUAGAUCAACUUUUGCUU